UAUUAUUUUUUACUUUUUUUAAUUGUCUUACAUUGUUGUAGUACAUUAAAUUAAGCUCUAAGGGCCGCUAUUGGCCAGUGGGUGUAAGCUCAGAAGCAGUUCUCAUCCGUUUCUUCCCCGUGAUCCAUUCUCUCUUUCAAUCAGAAGAUAUCAAACACGAAGAGCGAAUGUCAGGACGCUUCACUGUCCGAUAAAUGCAACUGAUGGACAUCUUAAAUAUGUUGUGAUCACCGUGGAAAGGAUUUCCUUUUCGUCGCGGUUUGGAAAAUACAACUUAACUGGGAUUUGCUUUUGUUUUUUUCUGAAUUGGAAAUAAGGAGGGAACAAUGGGGCGGCUAGUGCUGUUGUUUUUCUCAUUCCUCUUCCUCUCUCUGGUGACGGCCCAGGUCAGCUACUCCAUUCCCGAAGAAAGUCCAAAAGGAUCAUUAAUCGGUAACAUCGCUCGGGAUUUGGGUUUGGACAGUAAACGGUUAAUUUCGGGAAAUGCUCGAAUUUUUACUGGAGACAACACGGAUUAUAUUGAGCUGAAGAGAGAACGGGGAGUCCUCAUUGUCAAAGAAAAGAUGGACAGGGAGCUGCUUUGUGGCCAGACGACGCCUUGUGCCCUUCAUUUUCAGGUUAUUCUGGAAAAUCCCAUGGAGUUUUACUCUGUUGCUGUUGAAAUUGUCGAUAUAAAUGACAACGCUCCAUUAUUUGAAAAAUCGGACAUGCAAUUUAACAUAAGCGAGUCGGCGGUGAUAGGAGCAAAAUUYUUGCUGGAGAGAGCCAUAGAUCCCGAUGUUGGCAUGAACGGUCUUCAGAGUUAUUUUCUCUCCAAAACAGAACAUUUUGCUUUGAAGUUGAAAGAUCAACCAGACGGUGAAAAGAUUGUUGAAAUGGUUUUGCAAAAACCUCUUGACAGAGAGAAACAGGAGGAGCUAUUUUUAGUGUUAACUGCAGUGGACGGAGGAGAACCGCAACUAACCGGAACAGCAAAAAUACAUGUCACGGUGCUUGAUGCUAAUGACAAUGCGCCAGUUUUUACKAAACCACUYUAUAAAGCUACUAUUCCAGAAAAUGCCCUUAAGGGUACAGUUGUAAUCAGAGUUAGUGCCUCUGAUGCGGAUAAAGGAUUAAACUCCAAAAUACGUUAUUCUAUMUCCAACACAAUAGCAGAUAUACGAGAUUUGUUUAAGAUGAAUGAAGCAAAUGGCGAUCUAAUAUUAGCUGAUAGUAUAGAUUACGAGAAAGCGCGUUACUAUCAGAUACAUGUUCAAGCAAGUGAUGGGGGAUUAACAGAU